AUGGGAAAAAAAGAUAAAAAAAAUAAAAAUGAAGAAACCACUGCAACAACCACAACCACAACAACUACAACAAAAAGUGAACAAGAUAUUUCAACUUCAGAUUUAACAGAUAGUAAUACAAAUAGUGCAUCAUCAGUAACAGGUGAAGAUAAUGAAAUAUAUAAUAAUACAAAAUUUGAAGAUGGUGGUGAAUUUAACCCAUUUAAAAAUUUAAGUGAAAAACAAAUUAAUAUUUUCAAACAAUUUAAAGAAAAAGUAUGGAAAGAUGGUAAUGAAAAAUCAACAAACACAGGAUUUGGAGAGAUAUCAGAAAAGGAGAGAGAAUGGUUAGAGGAUGGUGGUGAUAUGUUAUUAUUAAGAUAUUUAAGAGCAAGAGAUUAUGAUCUCUCUUUAUCAUUCAAUCUACUAAAGAAUACAUUGGAAUGGAGAAGCAAAUAUAAGCCAUACGAGAUUACAGCCGAAUCAUUAUCCUAUGAAGCAUCCUCAGGUAAACAAUACGUAUUUGGUAAAUCACAUGGCAGAAGUGUUAUCUAUCUUAGACCAGUGAGAGAGAAUACUAAAAACCAUGAUAACCAAAUCAGAUUAAUGGUUUACAACAUUGAAAGAGCAAUAUCAUUAAUGGAUAAAACACGUGGCCACGAACAAAUUGUAUUGUUAAUCGACUUUAAAAACUAUUCAAUUAGAAAUUCACCACCAAUGUCUGUUAGUAAGUAUGUUCUUCAAAUUUUAUCCGACCAUUAUCCAGAGCGUCUCGGUAAUGCCUUUUUAGUGGAAACUCCCUUCAUUUUCAAUGUUUUCUGGACUACCAUCUCACCAUUCAUCAAUAAAGUUACCUAUAAAAAGAUCGUUUUCGCAAAUGGUGAAAAACAAAAAAUUAAAGUUUUCUCCCAAUUCUUUGAGCCAAAUGAUUUAGAAAAAGAAUUCACUGGUGCCUCAGAUCAUGAAUAUGAUCAUCAUAACUAUUGGAAAAAUGAAAUUAUACUCAAUAGAAAUGAACGUAAUUUACAACCAUUAUCUGACGAUGAAAUUUUAACAAUAUUAAAUUCAAAAGAAUAA